AUGGCACCCAGCGCCGUCACACCCCCGAAUCACAACGAGACGGUCACCGACCUCACACAAGCCGGCAUCAAGUCUGCGCUCCUCAAGAAUGCCCCAGAACAGAUCAACUCUGCAUCUCUCACAAACUCCAUCACCGCCACACCACCAAACGAGCCAGCAAGCAAAACUCAAGAUGUUGUUGACGCACCUCUGGCUGAACUUGAUGCUUCCAAAGUCACCUGCACAUACACCAGCACCCCUCGCUCUGUCCCAGCUGUAGGUUCAGCAGAGAUGGCUAGCCAGAAGGUCUGCACCGACCACAUGGUGCAAGCUCAAUGGAAUGUUGAGACCGGCUGGGCAGCACCAGAGCUGAAACCCUACGGCCCGUUGUCCCUUGCACCCACGGCCUCAUGCCUGCACUACGCGACUGAAUGUUUCGAGGGAAUGAAGUUGUAUCGUGGAUACGACGGCAAACUACGUCUCUUCCGCCCAGACCUGAACUGUCGCCGUAUGCUCAUGUCCACAAACCGUAUCGCCCUGCCCGCGUUUGAUCCCGAGGAACUCCUCAAGCUUAUUGUCAAGCUUUGCGCAACAGAUGGUGCCAAGUGGCUUCCAAAGGACCGUCCAGGACAGUUCCUUUACAUCCGACCUACCAUGAUCGCUUCCGAUCCCGCCCUUGGCGUCGAGCGGCCGAAAGAGGCCCUUCUCUUCAUCAUUCUAUGUUGCUUUGCUCCCAUGGGAGACAUGAGCGGUGGUAUUAAGCUGCUCGCUUCUCAAGAUGAUAUGUGCCGCGCGUGGCCCGGCGGUUUCGGAUACGCUAAAGUUGGUGCCAACUAUGGUCCUUCUCUAGUAGCCCAAGGCGAGGCGAGAAAGAGGGGAUACCACCAGAUUCUCUGGCUGUUUGGUGAAGAUUGCACGAUCACCGAGGCGGGGGCCAGCAAUUUCUUCGUUGUGUGGAAGUCCAAGGAUGGAAAGCUACAACUUGUUACCGCUGAUCUCAACGAACGUAUUGUCCUGGAUGGUGUAACGAGGAGGUCUAUUCUCGAACUCGCCCGUUCAAGGCUCACUUCUUCUUCUCCUUCACCCGAUCUCGACACUCUAGAGGUUAUUGAGCGCAAGUUCAACGUCUUCGAGAUUGAAGAAGCGGCCAAGGAAGGACGCCUUGUUGAGGCAUUCGCGGCUGGUACUGCGUGGUUCGUCGCUCCUAUCAGCCAGAUUCACUUCCGUGGCAAGGACAUUGAGGUGCCAAUGGUCAAGGGUGACUCUGGCGCGUAUGCGAGCUUCUUCAAAAACUCUCUCAAGGGCAUCAUGUGGGGUAGCGACGGUAUGGAGGGACAUGAGUGGGGUCGUGUUAUCGAUGAGGAAUAA